CUGCUCAGAUAAAAAAUUUGAUGAGCCAGCUGGGAACCAAGCAGGAUUCCAGCAAGCUCUUAGAGAACUUACAACAGCUGCAGCACUCUGCAAACUGCCUUGCCAAAGAGACCAAUGAAUAUCUAAAGGAGUUGGGGUCACUGCCACUGCCCCUGUCUGCUUCUGAACAGCGGCAGCAGCGGCUCCAGAAGGAAAGAUUAAUGAAUGACUUCUCAGCGGCCUUAAACAACUUCCAGGCAGUACAGAGACGAGUGUCAGAGAAGGAAAAGGAGACUGUGGCACGGGCCAGAGCUGGCUCCCGAAUCUCU